GUUGAAAUCGGGCUUUCAUGGUGUUUGGAUGUGUUUUUCUCGCGUUUGUUUUUUGUUUUUAAUUCAAGCUAAAUUUCACCAGCAAAAACACUACGAAAUAAUUAUGUUAGUGGAAAAAUGUGCUGUAGUCUGAGCUAGUGAUAAAGAUUGUGGUACGUAAGACGGUUAAAGUGCAGUGAAAAAGUAUGAAAAUGACGGAGAGGAAAUUCACGAAGGGGCUCAAUAAGCCGGGAAUGGCUCUCAAACUUCGCGAGACUGUUUGUCAAGUUGUGCGCGAAAGUUCUGUUUUGAACAAACCAGUACUUGUGGAGCCGAUAGACUUUGAGAGUUUCAUGGUGAAGAAUAAGACAUUAAUUCAAAAUGAUCCUCAGCGUGAACUGCUUCUUUAUCCAAAUGACGAUGUAUCGGAAAUUAUUCAACCAAGAAAUUAUCGUACUGUGACUAGUGGAAUUCCAGAAGUGAUAAAUCACGAAAAUGGCUCAAUUGAGGCAUCUUCGUCAUGUCAGAAAUCACCAAAGACUGAGAAUGUCAAUGGGAAUUCGCCGAGGAGUGAGCAGGGAAGUUCUUGUCAGCCACCAUUGCUCACCAGGCAGGCAAUUCGCACCUACAAAUCGGACAAUAGGCUCAUUCAGUACAAAUACAGCAGCUACGGUGGCUUAUCUCAAGACUUACCAAGGCAAAUAUCCGUGGCGGAUGAAUUUAGAGAGGAAGUGUACGAGGUCGAUGCCGAUUUGGACAGAAUUGACGAACAGAUGACACGCUCUCAGGCCGAUACGAUAACAAAACAGGGUUAUUUACUCAAAGGACCAGACUCAACGUCUGAUCGGAUGUUUGCACACAUUGGAGCUAAGUCCUUCAAAAAGAGAUAUUGCUAUUUGCGUCAGGAAGUGGAUGGCACGUAUAUUCUUGAGGUGCACAAAGAUGAGCGUCAGGGUGAGGCUAAGACAACAAUUGUCAUGGAUUUUUGCACGGAAGUCGUUCAAAAUCCCAAACGUGGGCGAUUGUGCUUUGAACUGAGAAUGACAGCGGGGCAUAAAUCAUUUACAUUUGCAGCGGAAAAUGAGAAUGAUUUGCAAGAUUGGCUCACGAAACUCCAGUCAAUUCUGCAGCAGAAUAAACUGCAGGAGGACAAGAGGGCAGCAUCACUCGAAAGAGCACCUCCGGAGAGUCCCCAGACAACAGCCUUUGGGACACUCAAAGGUCUGGAACAGAGUAUGAAUCCGCAAUUGAUAAAAUACAGCCGAGAAACGGACAUGUCGAUAGCUCAGGCGAGAAAGGAAGGGCGGAAGAGGUUGUUUGCCAGCUAUCAACUUCCCAGUCAUGUUAGCAAAAUAUCAAAUCAGCCCGAGACUUGCGAACCAUACAAGGAACAAUUUGGCCAGAGAAUUCUUCUCAAGUGUGAAAGUCUCAAAUUUCGCCUUCAAGCACCGACUGAGGAUGGCGAAGGGGCCAAUCAAGUGGAACCAUACAUUACCAGUCUGGCGCUGUAUGAUGCCAAAGCGGGUCGAAAACUGACUGAGAACUUCUACUUUGACCUCAAUCACGAAAACAUUCGUGAUGUGAUGCAAUUGGGUGGGCAACAGAGGAAAAGCUCGGGUACUGAGGGUGUUGGUACUUUGAAUGGGUCAAUGAAACAUCAUGGGGAAGUGGAUGGGGUUGGUGAUGUGUUGCAUAAAGUGCCAUCUGAGUGGUUUCAGUAUCCACGUGAGGCAAUUCUCAGUGUGACAUCGGCAAAUCCAGACAUUUUUCUUGUGGUGAAAAUCGACAAAAUUCUCCAAGGUGGCAUUAAUCAGUCCACUGAGCCGUAUCUAAAGGCCAAUAGGGAUCCAAAGGUGGGCACAAAGGUGCAAAGGAGUGUGAGGGCAUAUAGUCAGAAGAUUGGACACUUCCGAAUGCCAUUUGCAUGGGCAGCUAGGCCACUCUUUCGGCUCUACAGCAGUGAUCUCGAUGUUGCCAUUGACUUUCCUGCCAUUUAUCGUCAGGAGGGUAAUAAGUUGAGAGAUGAGGAACUUCUGAAACUCUUGGCGGAGUACAGGAAACCGGACAAAUUCAGCAAAUUAACUGUGAUACCGGGAUGGUUAAAAAUUCACAUUGAACCCAUCACAGAGUUACCAAAUAAUUGUCUCUCGACAACUUUGGCACCUUUAAAACCCUUCCCUUUGCCACCCACCAAGGAACUGACUUUGGAAAUAAGUGAAUUCUUUGGAGCUAGUGAGAGAGAUGCUCAUCCGUUUGCCAAUUUUCAGAAUCAUCUCUUUGUCUAUCCCCUUACCCUCAAUUUUGACAGUCAGAAACUCUUUUCGCGUGCCAGGAACAUUGCAGUUCUCAUUGAGCUCAGAGAUAGUGAUGCUGAAGGCGCCAAAGGACUUCCCUGCAUUUACGGACGUCCUGGACAGGGUAGAUUUGUCACUCAGGUCUCCUGUCCAGUUCUCCAUCACAACACAUGCCCUUCGUGGUAUGAAGAGGUCAAACUUAAGCUUCCUCUUCACAUUACAUCACAGCACCAUAUUCUCUUUUCCUUCGUUCACGUUUCGUGUGAUUUGGGCAAGAAGAAAGAGAAUAAUUCCUUCGAGACGCCCGUAGGAUAUGCCUGGCUGCCACUUCUGUCCAAAGGAAAGAUCAAUGUGGAAGAACAGAUCAUUCCUGUGGCUGCAACUCUUCCUACAGGAUACCUAGCCAUUCAGCCACUCGGCCUCGGAAAGGGGCAGAAUGCCGGUCCUGAGAUCCAAUGGAUCGACAAUCAACGGCCACUUUUUGCCGUGACAUUCCGUCUGGAUUCGACUGUCCUGACGACAGAUCAGCAUUUGCACAAUCUCUUUGCUCAUGCUGAACGUCUGCUGGAACAGAUGAAACCAUCAGCUAUUCCGGCUGAAUCGGAAACCUGCAAGAUCCUCAAAGCUGCCCAUGCUAUUCAUGCCACGACUGUGAUAACAUUCCUGCCCACAAUUCUCAAUCAAUUAUUUGUGGUGCUAGUGAAUACGUCAAGUGAGGAAAUUGGGCUCAAUAUCAUUCGUUUGCUGGUAAAUUUGAUUCAUAUGGUGGCCGAGGAGGCUGGUAGGAAGGAAUUGCUGCUGGCAUAUGUGAAGUAUGUGUUUCAUGCACCGAGUUUUGGGGGAAAAUUGGUGUCUGGAGGAAGUCCAAAUGCCAAAAAUACAGUUCACUGUGAACUCUGUCGGCAUCUGCCAAAGUUACUGCAUCCAAAUAAUACGGAUUUUUUGAUUGUCAACAAAUUCAUGAGAUUUUCAGCAAUUUUCUUUGAUAUUAUUGUAAAAAGUAUGGCACAACAUCUUCUCAGCACUUCGAGGAUUAAGAUGCAGAGAAAUGAGAGAUUCCCAAAGGAAUUUAAUGCAACACUUGAGUCUCUGUUUCAAGUUCUCAUUCCUUAUAUCAUUUCUCGCCAUAAGGAUCUUGUAGCAGAAACUCAUGCUCUAAAUCGGAGUCUGUCGGUGUUUGUGAAGAAGUGUCUGACUUUUAUGGAUAGGGGAUUUGUUUUCAAGUUGAUUCGGUUGUAUAUGGAUAGAUUUUCACCAGGAGAUCCAAGGACAUUGCAAGAAUUUAAGUUUUCCUUCCUGCAAGAAGUGUGCUCGCAUGAACACUACGUUCCACUCAAUUUGCCAUUUAUUCUGAGUCCGAAGAACCGUCCGGAUAUCCUUCAACACUUCACACUGAGCGAGGAAUACUGCAGACAGCAUUUCCUGGCGGGAUUGUUGCUGCAGGAAGUGAAGUCUGCUCUCAAUGAAGUUGCCAAUACCAGGAGAAUGGCUCUGGGAACACUUAAGGAACUCCUGGCGAAGCAUGAUCUCGAUGACAGGUAUUCAGGGAAGGGACAGAUUAGCCGAAUAGCUAUGCUGUACAUUCCCUGGAUGGGAAUUAUCCUGGAGAAUCUCCAUAGGAUCGGAGAUGGAAGUGAAAAACCCUUUCCAGGGCACUUUAAGCAAGAUUCGAGAAUCUCAACAAGUAGCAGCUAUGUCUUCUCUCGGGAUUCCUCAGGGCUCAAUGGAAUCUCUGGAAAUUCCACAGCAAGUACUCCUAAGGCAAGAAAUCGCCUUACUCUCCAUGUGGAACAUCCCAGUCCAUUUAGGGCUUCCCUACAUCUCCGGGAUACGACAUAUUUUGCCGCAAUCGCUGGACAGAAUCUCACCAAUGGACAUUCAACAACUUCCCUGGAUUCAGAAUGUUCCAGCUUGUCCCAGGACACCACAGUGAUCCGCAAUGUCGAAAAUAGCAGUGAUUCGUCAUCCAAGAAAGGUCACAAUCGUUCAGUGUCCGUUACACAGCCAACAGCUCUUCCCAGAUGUGACAAAUUCACCCCGGCUGAAACAAAGGACAUGCUAAUCUGCUUCCUAUUCGUCGUAAAGCACAUUUCGCAGGAGCAAAUGACAACCUGGUGGCAGAAUUGCACAGAAACCGAAACCAUUGGAUUCUUCACGAUGCUAGAGAUGUGCCUGGUGCACUUUAAGUAUGUCGGCAAGAAGAAUAUUGUACUGCAGGAUCCUGUGAGGGAGGCAAGGAGUCAGAGGCUAGUCAAAGCUAGUACUCUUCCAGCCAGGAUGCAACCGCCAAAUGGAGAAGUUGUGAGUCAUGAAACGGGUACAAUGACCCACGGAAAUCGGGAGAAUCUCGUGGAGGAGACUGUGAGGAGUCAGCAGGCGCUCAUUGAGAGCAAUAUGGCUACGGAAGUUGGGAUGAUUGUGCUGGAUUGCAUGGGACUCUAUGCUGUUCAAUUUAGGAAUUCCGUCAUGGAUGGAGGAGUUCUUCCUAAACUUGCACAAGUUUAUCUCAGAUUCCUGCAACUAGGACAGUCUGAAGCGCUCAGCAUGCAUGUUUUCUCAGCCCUGAGGGCUUUCAUCAAUAACUUUUCUCCUGCUCUCUUCCGUGGAACCUCCUUAAUGUGUGGUCAGCUGGUGUAUGAACUCCUGAAAUGUUGUGACAGUCGCUUAGGAACAGUUAGACAGGAAUCUUGCGCUGUUCUCUAUUUGCUCAUGAGGAGCAAUUUUGAGUUUAGUGGCAGGAAAGCUCUCACUAGAGUUCACCUUCAGGUUAUCAUAUCAGUUUCCCAGAUGAUUGGGAAUGUUAUUGGGCUGAAUAAUGCUAGAUUCCAAGAAUCUCUCUCACUUAUCAAUAGCUAUGCAUCCAGUGAUAAAGCCAUGAAAGGUACUGGAUUUCCGCUUGAAGUUAAAGAUUUGACAAAGCGUGUGAGAACUGUUCUGAUGGCCACAGCUCAGAUGCAGGCGCAUCAGAUGGAUCCUGAGCGUUUGCUUGAGCUGCAACUUUCUCUGGCCAAUUCGUAUGCCUCAACGCCUGAAUUGAGACAUACGUGGCUGGUGACAAUGGCCAGGAAUCAUGAGCAGCAUGGGAAUAUUUCUGAAGCUGCUUGCUGCAAUCUUCACAUUGCUGCAUUAAUGGCGGAAUAUUUGAGGCUCAAGGGAAGUGGAUUUAUUUCCUAUGGAGCGGAGUCCUUUGCUAAGAUUUCACGGAAUAUUCCGAGGGAUGAGAGAGGACUUAAGUUGGACAGUGGAGCUCAAGAUUCUCAGUAUACUGAACAAAUGCUACUUGAUCAGUUGAAAGAGUGUGCUGAGUAUUUGGAUAGAGCGGAGAGAUUUGAAUGUCUCGGGGAACUCUAUCGUUUGAUCAUUCCAAUCCUCGAGAAUCGUCGUAAUUACUACGACCUCGCACAUAGCUAUGAACAUCUAGCUGCUGUCUACAAUAAGAUCAUUGAGGUCAAUAAAUCCGGAAGGAGACUUCUUGGGAGAUUUUAUCGUGUAGCUUUUUUCGGGCAGUUGUACUUUGAGGAUGACAAUGGAAUUGAGUAUGUGUACAAGGAGCCAAAAUUGACAUCACUCAGUGAAAUAUCUGAGAGACUACAUAAGCAGUACAAGGAUAAAUUUGGAUCAGACGUUGUUAAAAUGAUCAUGGAUUCAUGUCCGGUGGAUGCUAAUGAACUUGAUCCCAAAAUGGCUUAUAUCCAAGUUACCCACGUGAUUCCCUAUUUCUGCAAAGACGAAUUGGAUGAUCGUCAGAAUGAAUUUGAACAGAAUCACGAUGUGGAUACUUUUAUGUAUGAGACUCCUUUCACGAAAAAUGGUUCAGCUCGGGGAAAUGUUGAAGAUCAAUGGAAGAGACGAACCGUCCUGACAACGCAAUAUUCCUUCCCGUAUGUUUUGACGAGGAUUCCAGUGAAAAGUCGCCAGGUGACUGAACUAACUCCCAUCGAAGUGGCAGUGGAUGAAAUGCAGAAUCGUGUGGCAGAGUUGGAAGAAGUUGUUCUGCCUCCAAUUGAUCUCAAGAAGCUUCAGUUGAGACUUCAGGGAAGUGUAGCGGUUACAGUGAAUGCUGGACCUCUGGCUUAUGCUUCUGCCUUCCUGGAUCCAAAGACUAAUGAAAAGUAUCCCUAUGAGCGCGUUGAAGAUCUCAGGGAAGUUUAUAGGGACUUUAUGAGAGUAUGCUAUACAGCUCUGCAGAUAAAUGGACGUCUGAUUAUGUCGGAUCAGAAGGAUUAUCAUAAGGAAUUGGAGAGAAAUUAUCAGAAUCUCUGUUCAGCUCUUACAGAUCUCCUCGAUGAAUCCUUCUUUCCCUCAGACGAGACAAAUUCAGCCCAUCGCACAAGCUUAGCACUAUUUUCUGCCAUAAGUGGAGCUCCAAAUAAUUCGAGUUCUGCGUAAAUUUUCUUCACUUUUCCUAAAGAUUUUUCUUCAAAAGGAAAAUUUUACGAGUUUGAAACGAAAAACGCACACAUUCUAGCCAAUACACACUAAUCGAAUAUUAUUCCCGCCAUUAUGUGUCUAUGCUAAAAUUCAUCGUCAAAAUAGAAAAAUUUAUUCCAAAAGUAAAAAAAAAAUUAUGAUAAAUAAUCUAUUAAAAUAAUAAUAGCAAAAAUACGACACACUCUAGGUAGAUAAUGCGGUAAAGCUCAAAAAAAGGAGAGAUAGAGGACAAUUUUGGACGGUUUCUUUACUAAAAAAAGAAAAGAAUAUUUGUGUGUCUUUUUUACGGAUGAUCAAAUCCAUUUUAUACAAAUUUCUUACUGAGAUUUUAUACAAUCGGCAGUUUUAGGUAAAGAGAAAAAAAGUAAAUCGAUGGUAUAGAAAAAAAUUGUGUGUUAGAAAAAAUUCAACGAGAACAAAAAUAAUCUUACCCAAACUAGUCAAAGUUUUUAUCUAUCAAACUUCCUCCAUCCCUUUUUGUGUAUUGAUGGAUAUUUUUACGGAGAAUCUCUUCCAGGAAUUAAAUUCGUUGAUAAAGUGUAAUAUUGAAUUCUAUUGAAAAUAUUCUAAUUGCCAAUUUAUUUGUAAAUCGCAUACGGGAGAACGUAGAGACUAUUAUUUCAGUUGAAAGUCGCUGUUAAUCUCCAAGGAAUAUUAAUUCGAAAUAAAUAAAUGUUCAAAAA